UCUCACCUCCCGUAAUCGUACCAUUGCAAUUUCCGUUUCUCUCUUACGCGACUCACGAAGCGUCCUCUCCUCCCCAUGCUCCGGUGGUAGUACCAGCCUACCAGGCAUUUUUUUUUCAAAAAAAGCCAUCGUUAAACCAACCGGGCGGUGAUCCGAUCCCGAACGCUCCCCGUUUAAGAGGCAGCGGCGCUCGCUCGCUCGCUGGUCCGGGAAUGGGCACGAGGAAAGGGUUCUUGAAGCGAUUUUAAAACGAAGCUUUCUCCCUCCAUCCUCGUUCUCUCCUUCUCUUGGGGUGAAGUCCCUCCGUUGCGAUCCAAACGGAUUACUCCCCCAUUAAACCCUAAACCCUUUCCUCCUCUCUCCCUCCCUCUCAUCGAGGUCUCUCUCUCUGCUCUCUCUUCGACGCGAAGAACGAGGGCCGAUUUCUUCUCUGUUCGACGAUCGCCAUCGCCGAAAAGCAUGGGGAGAGGAAAGAAAACGCAGACAAUCACAAUGCCGGAGCGACCACCACGGUCUCCUAGUGGUGGGAACUGCUCUGCAACUGCAAGGAACUUGCACAAGAGCGAUCUAGGAGGAGUAAUCUUUGGAUGCAAGCACAACACCAUGAAGGAGUGUCUUUCAAAGCAAUUAUUUGGCUUACCCUCCUCGCAUUUCUCAUAUGUGAAGAAUAUUGACCAUGGACUGCCAUUAUUUCUUUUCAAUUAUUCUGAUCGGAAGAUGUAUGGCAUAUAUGAGGCUGCAAGCCAUGGCCAGAUGAACAUUGACCCAUAUGCGUGGACUGAUAAUGGCAUACACAGAACUCCUUUUCCUGCACAGGUUCAUAUCUACAUCAAGAUGCCAUGCCAACCUCUUUUGGAAAACCAGUACAAGAAAGUCAUUGGGGAUAAUUAUCAUAAAGUUAAUCACUUCUGGUUUGAGCUGGAUCAUGCACAAACGAGAGGCUUAAUUUCAUUGUUCGUACCUUCAGUCAAGCUAGCUCCUGGUGGGUCAGGCAAGACUAAUCCUUUUACACCAUUUCCGUCUACAAAAUUGAAGGCAAUUGCUAAUAUGGAGCAUGCGAACAAUGGGGCUGGGGAACUAAAGAAGGAUUCUACAUCACCUGCUGGUUUGUCAGAUAUGAACAAGUUUUCUUCAUUUACCUGCGAUGAUGGGGAUAGGGAACAUGCUAGCUCAAGUAGAACAUCAACUAGUGCUCCUGAAGAGAGGGAACCUAAGGAACCAGUUUCAGAUUGGGAAGAUUGGGAUGACAGUGUUCAGGGUGUUCAUUCAGAUGCUAGUGUUGGUUUGGAUGAUCCGAGCCAGAGCUGUUCAGAACAGCAUUUUGGCAAGGAACCAGAGACUGCAGUGCAGGGCGUGUUGCAUAAGCUAAAAGAGCUGGCUGCGGGGCAUAAGCAAUCAACUGCAUCAUCCAAGGAGUGUGUAAUUGAUGGUUCAACUCCGUGCACAUCUACAAAUUUACUGGAAGAAAGUAGGCCUCCUGAGGAUAACUUUGUUUCAGCUAAGAUUGAGGAAAUCACAACCACACCUGAUCUAUAUCAGAGGAAUGCUGAGUUGGUGCAGAUCAUCAAUAAGUUGACAAAAAGAGCUGCAGCAUUGGAGAAGAAGCAGACUGAAUCAGAUCAAGAAAUACAACAUUUGAGGAAUGUGAUUGAAGACUCCGGAAGAAAAAUUCAACAAUUGAAGGACCGAGUUGAGGAGCUAGAAUCAAAGCUAAAUCCUUCUAAAUAUCUUGUUGAUGGCAUAUCUAGCAAUUCUGUUAAGCAAUAUUUGAGUUUGGAGAAAGUUAUUUACCUUAUAGGUGGUUUUAACGGCAUAUCCUGGUUAUCAUCCUUAGACUCAUUUUCGCCAUCAAGGGACACACUCACACCUCUUAAACAAAUGGGAUGUGCUCGUUCCUAUGCAUCUGCAGCUGCAUUAAAUGAUAAUAUUUUUGUUUUUGGUGGCGGAGAUGGGAAUUCUUGGUUUCACACAGUUGAGUGUUACAACCAAAGAAAUGAUGAGUGGACUAUGUGUCCUCACUUGAAUCGUGCAAAAGGAAGUCUGGCUGGAGCUACUUUGAAUGACAAGAUAUAUGCUAUUGGCGGAGGAGAUGGAUGUGAAUGUUUCUCAGAUGUUGAGAUGUUUGAUCCAGUUCUUGGAAGGUGGAUCAGCAGCCAGUCAAUGCUUCAGAAGCGGUUUGCUCCUGCCGCAGCGGAACUUGAUGGUGUCCUUUAUGCUGUUGGUGGAUAUGAUGGAAGAGGAUACUUGCUGUCAGCUGAAAGAUACGAUCCACGGGAAGGUUUAUGGACCAGGCUUCCAAGCAUGAAUACGAGAAGGGGCUCUCACUCAUUGUCAGUCUUCAAUGACAAGCUAUAUGCGACUGGAGGGUAUGAUGGUGAGAAAAUGGUUUCCAGCGUUGAAACCUUUGAUCCUCAUCUUGGUGCUUGGAUGAUUAAAGAACCAAUGAAUGUUGUUAGAGGAUAUGGUGCUGCUGCGGUGCUUGGUGACACCUUGUUUGUUGUUGGUGGGCUUAAAGAUGGACAAACUAUUUUAGACACGGUGGAAUCCUACAAGGAGGGGACUGGUUGGUCCUCAUGUGGAUUUAAGGCAAUUGGGAAGAGGUGCUUUUUCUCCGCCGUUGUCCUAUGAGCAUAAUGGUUAAGCUUGUUGCUGCAAGGUUUUGGUAACUGAUAUUAAAACAUUCGUUGAUUCCCCCAACAAAAGAUGGUGAAAUAUUUUUGAGAAGCACUAAUGUACAGUUGCGGCAGUUUUUGUUGCUUUGCUCGGUGAUCCGCAACAUUUUCCGUUGUAAGCCAUAAUAUAGAUCGCAUUCAUGGCGUAUGACAUCCAAUUGGUGCGAGGAAUGAAAAAAGGAAUGGAACCGGGCAUUUCCUUUAACCUAUCAACGUACUAUCUUGAUGGUGUAGUUAAGUAUGCAGACCUAGAUAUCCAAAAAUAACUUUUGCGA